CAGUGCAUGACAAUAGUGGAGAGUGGAUACUUUUUAGUUCCGUCUCCCCCGUGCCCGCGGCCAGCCUCCAGCUGGUCCAGUAGGCACACGGGGAUCCGAUCAGAGUAUCAGCUGACGUGCUGUACACAAAGCCAGCUUAUCAGGUCCACAACACAAACUCAUAAUGGUUGACGAAGCAACACGCAAGAGUCUGAGUUCUAUCCCCCUCAUGCGGGUGAAAGCUGGACCUCGUGAUAAGGAGGCUUGGGUCACUCGCCUCAAGGAGGAAUACCAAGGACUUAUUAAGUAUGUGCAGAACAACAAAGAGGCAGAUAAUGACUGGUUCCGGCUGGAGAGCAAUAAGGAAGGCACGAGGUGGUUCGGCAAGUGUUGGUAUAUCCAUGACAUGCUCAAGUAUGAGUUUGACGUUGAGUUUGAUAUCCCAGUGACAUACCCAGCCACUGCACCAGAGAUCACACUGCCAGAGCUUGAUGGGAAGACAGCCAAGAUGUACCGAGGUGGUCGCAUUUGCCUUACAGACCACUUCAAGCCACUCUGGGCUCGUAAUGUCCCAAAGUUUGGAAUUGCACAUGCCAUGGCACUUGGGUUGGGUCCAUGGCUAGCUGUUGAGAUCCCUGAUAUGAUUCAACGAGGAGUCGUCACAUACUCUGAGAAGAAAGGUUGACUGCAAUGUUAUUUAGUAAUCAAUGUAUUACAGGAUUCAGUUAAGGUGCUUGUUUUAAAAUUCCAUAAUCUAAUCAUUCUAAAACAUUCAAAGGAAAUAGAGGCUAUGAACCGCUUUCACUAAUGUCCCAGUUGGUGGAAAACAGAUUUUAUUAGUGAUGGGAGGAUGAUGAAUUAUUAAUAGCAUGAGAAUCAGGGAUGAGUCAAAGUUUUGGGACAGUGAAAUGAAUUCUUUAAUAUUUUCACUUAAAUCUGCUAUUUUGCCAAACCUUGUCAACUUGGCAAAUAAAUGCCACAAUUGUGUAAGGUUCACUUUCCCACAGGCACCUUCAUAGAAGGCUAGAAAUACUGGAGGCACAGCCAAAAAUUAUUUGAACACUUAACCUCGUUAACAUUAUUAUAUCAGGCCUCAGACUCGGCCAGUUUGUGACCACUACAAAAAGUCGUACUACAUUCCCUGACGUGCUACAUCGUUUGCAACUAUUAAUGUAAAACUUUGGAUUUUGUCAACAAGCAAAAUAUAUUUUAUUGACUUAUAAA